AUGAGCCUUGUCUUUAUGUGCUUCCCCUGGGUGUCUUUGGGUGCUGGUAUCGGAGCUCAACCGGACUUGUCCCUCCCACUCCUCCAAGCACAUCAAGUCCCCCUCCACCCGAUCCAGCUGCGGGCACCACCGACCUUCAACGAGACACCCUCGAAGCCAUGGGACCCGAUGCCACCAAACUGGUUCCUGGGGAACUGGUUCAUCACGUACUCCAACCAAGAGCUCUACCAAAUCUUCCGGAAUUUCAUCUGGACCUUGACACGGCCUUGCGCGAAUGACUCGUGCUACCCGCUCCAGGCCACGCACCUCGCCACCUUGACGACCUUUCAGCUCGUAAAUGACAUGAAGAAGCCCAACGCCACGUACAUGGCGUAUUCGCUCGACACGGCCGUCAGUGACGCCGUUGGCGGUGCCUACCACAGCGUGCCCACGGCCUCUCUCGCUGCGCAGAACAACACGUACGAAGUCAUCGGCUGGGGUUACGACUCUCACGGCGACGGCUUCGUGGUCGUCUAUGAGACACCCGCAGCGUCACAGUCGGUGGCGUCGCUCGAUAUCUUCAGCCGGGCGCCCUCGGGUCCGACCAACGACACCCUCGACGCCAUCAAGUCUGGCAUUCAAAAGCUGGGCAACCAGAGUUUGAUUGACCUGUUGAAGGACGUGAUAAGGACGCCACAGGACGGAGGAAGGGACAACGAUCCCUGGCCUGCGUGUAAUGCCACCUGCAGAACCAAUGAGUAUUCUGUUCCACUUUGA